CAGGCGAGAGAAUCUGGCCUCCAGAAGCCAUCAUACUGACACACGAUGGAGGAGCUGGUGUGGCCAGUGGCGUCCGUGGUGAGGGGCCUGCGGCUGCUGGGGCUGUGGCUGCCGCCUCCGGGUCGGCGCCGCCCCCACCGCCUGGCACUAUGCGGGGUGCUGCUGGGCCACGUCAUCCUCCUCCUGGGCUGCGCGACCAACCUCGUCAUGGACACCCCUGACGACCUGCCGCAGCUCGCCUUCAACGCCUACAACACCUUCAUCUGCUUUGGCCUCAUUGUCAAGGUGCUGUCCUUCUCCCUGGACGGCGCGCGCAUCACCUCUCUGCUGCAGCUGCUGGCGGAAUGCCGAGGCCGCUUCCCUGACAGGUGUGGACGUCGCUCCCAGCACCACGCCACGGCUGUCCGGCUACACCGCUUCCUGAAGGUGUCUAACAGGGUGAACUCGACGAUGUGGAUGUUUGCCCCCAUCAUCAGCACCAUCAUCGCCUCGCGGUCCAGCGGCGGCGCGCCCGUCCAGAAGGCGUACGUGAUGCCGCUGUGGCUGCCCUUCGACACGCAGUCCUCGCCCGCCUACGAGGCGGUCUACGCAGUCCAGGUGGCGAGCGGCUGGACGCUAUCAGAGACCACGGUGCUCCUGGACGGGGCGCUGCUGUCGCUGAUGCUGCACGCCGCCGCAGAGCUGGCCGUCCUCAACGACGGCCUCUGCUCCGUUGGAGCCGGCGUGCGGCCGCCGAGCGUCGCCCCUCAGCUCACUGCAAGCACUGCAGAUCCAGAACUGUCACUGGACUACCCCAAAGAUUUUACUGCCGGCUCCAGAGACCCUAAGCAGGAUCAGAUGUUAGGUCAACUGGUGAUCAACAUACAACAUCAUCAAACUAUCAUCACCUACAUCGGCCUUCUGCAGAUGGUGGUCAGUCGUGCCAUAUCCUUGUUGCUGGCCUGCAACACCGCCAACAUCUGUUUCAAUAUCAUAGCGACAGUGGCACUGUUGCAGGAAGACAUUGAGGUAGUCGGAAUGACCAAGAUGGUGGUGGGAUCGGCGCUCUAUGCCUGCCAGACGGCGAUCUUGUGUCUCCUAGGGCAGAAGAUCACAACAGAGAGCGAGCACCUGUCAGCAUCCGCCUACGGCAGCUGCUGGUGGGAAGGCGACAGCCGCUACCGAAAACUGCUACUGGUCUUCUGCCAACGGUCUUCGAAGGCUCUCUCCAUCAGAGUCUGCGGCCUCUACUCGCUUUCCAGGGAGACAUUCCUCCAGGUGCUGAAAGCUGCCUACUCACUGUUCAACUUCAUGUACCAGGCAGCCGAGACGGGUAAUCAUUAAGCUGAUGACUCCACAAAUCAGAAUCUUUCUCACUUUCUGUACACACGGAUAUCCACCUACUAUUAGUU